CAAAGCGUAAGAUACAACCACAUACGCAAAAAGCACAAAACAGCCAUGAAUGGGUCAACACACCAACAUCUACAGCUAGCUCAUCAAUCAUCCACUACUACUAAUAAACUUUAAUUUCAAUUCCCAAUCCAUCACUCCUCAAAACCCUAGCUCUUUAAUGUAUAUAUUAUAAUUCAAUUUGUUGAUUCGAUCCAGUUGUGAUAGAUAUGGCGAUUCUGUAUGUACUGGUGGCGAGAGGAUCGGUGGUUCUGGCGGAGUUUAGCGGCACGACGACCAAUGCAAGCGCGAUUGCGCGACAAAUACUCGAAAAAGCUCCCGGGAAUGAUGAUAUGAAUGUGUCGUAUUCACAAGAUCGCUACGUGUUUCAUGUUAAGAGGACGGAUGGACUCACUGUGCUUUGUAUGGCUGAUGAGAACGCUGGAAGACGAAUUCCUUUUGCUUUUAUGGAAGACAUUCACCAAAGAUUUGUUAGGACUUAUGGUCGAGCAGUUCUCUCAGCCCAAGCUUAUGCUAUGAAUGAUGAAUUUUCAAGGGUGAUGAGCCAACAAAUGGAAUAUUACUCAAGUGAUCCCAAUGCCGACAGGAUAAACCGACUUAAAGGAGAAAUGAGCCAGGUAAGGAAUGUCAUGAUUGAGAAUAUUGAUAAAGUCUUAGAGAGAGGUGAUCGCUUGGAGUUGCUAGUUGAUAAAACAGAAAAUUUGCAAGGAAAUACUUUUCGCUUCAGAAAGCAGACACGUCGUUUCAGAAGUACUGUGUGGUGGAAAAACGUCAAGCUCACAGUUAUGCUGAUAGUUCUGCUGCUGGUGAUUGUUUAUAUUGUGAUGGCAUUUGUUUGUCAUGGGCUUUUGCUUCCUUCUUGUUUUUAAUAAAGAUUGAUCAAAGGUUGGCGCCACUGUUCCCGACCAUUUUCUGGAGUCAUAAAACUCAGAUAACAAUCAUAGUUCUUAUCUUGAACAGAUUUCCAUUGGUUAAGAGUAGAGGUUGCCGAGUUCACUAGUUCUGAAGGGCUGGUACUUCACUGCUUCCAUAUGACUUCAUUCCGAUUUUUCCACAGUAGCCAACAUAAAAUAACAUGAAUAUGAAUCUCCUUUUCCUGCCGCUGUUCAAAUUUCAAACAGAUGUUGUAGCCAUUCUGCAAAAGUAUUAAAAUGACCUUGAAUCAUAGAUGUCGUGAGGAGCUGGUGACAGUUGUUUGCAAAAGAGCAAGAAAGAAGAGCAUGCUAUCCUAACGGCUCAUUCUUAACUGCUAAGCUUGGAGCUAAUCAAUUUUUACUUUUCUUUUUAUCUAAAUGAUGGAUAUUUAUUGGCUCUAAUUCUCUUAAUAAUGAUGAUCUCUACAUACACAGAAUAUUUCGUCAAUCAAAAUUUUUGAGCUAAAUAAACAAGAAGUGGUUAUUAAUGUCUAUCAAUGAAUACACACUAAAAAUUAUCCUAUCAAUAAAUAUAAAGGUGUUGAUGGGAUAUAAUUCAACCUAGCUAUAGCUUCAUGGUGCCAAGAUCAAAUACAGUCCUGGUUCAGGGAACCAAGUCCCACUAGGAAGCAUGAUCCUAGGAGUGGGCUUGAGAAUAGUUUAAUUUUUUCAAGACGCAUGAUCCUAGAAAGGGGACCAAUCUGGUUUGGGAUGCCUCAGUCCCGCUAAGAAACAUGGUCCUAUAAAUAAGUUUAGUCCAGGAACAAUCAACUCGGUCCAACGGCCCAAUAUCAAUAUAAACCCAAAAAUCGAUACUUGCUAUCUAAGAAAUAAAUCAAAACCUCAAAGUGCCAAAGACACUUUGUAACGGUCAAUUAUUGGGAUAAUAAAAGCAUAUUCCAGAAUGUUCCAAACAUCGUCCGAUCACUGUCACCAAGACACGUGUAAAUAAUCAAGUCCUACGGGUGUAUGGUUGGAAUUCAAGGUACCCAUUCAUAAACCCUAAUCCUUGGGCUAUUAAUAGUCAAGGAAGGGUUUAAGAGUUACUCUCUAUAUUCUCUUAUUAUUACACAGAUAUAUACAGUAGCCAUAUAUAUACACUUAUGAAGAUGUCUUUUAUCUAUUAUCAUAUCCUUUCAAAUUCUCCACUUAUUCUCACCGGCUGCUAUGUACCACGAAGGAUUGACUCACUGUGGAGGAAGGAUCAGAACUGAGAUGGGAGUUCCCCAGUAUUAUACACAACUUAGCUAAACUUUGAAUUAAGAUUUUCUUAUAAUCUUGAUGUUGUUUAAAUUGCAUUUAUUAUCAUUUCUUUUCAACUGCAAAUUUUUCAUAUUUAUCUAAAUAUAAAAUUUUAUUAAA